AUGUCUUCCACCAAAGUGGGCUUUCGUCUGGCUGCCUGUUUACUAAACAUUUCAGAAGCCAGAAAAAAAAAGAUACUAGAGCCCCUGACUAAGGCAGCCCUGAUUACAGAAUCAGGACAGAAACAUUCUCAAGCCACAGUACUCAAUAUACUUUUUGAUUAUGAUUACCACAGAUCAGUCAUAAUCAUAGCAGCUACCAUUGAUAUGUUAGGAGCAACUGUCAUUGCUGCCUGCGCUGAGGCUUUACAGCCAAUUGAUAUGGCUAUCCAGGAAGGAAUCCAUCCUUGCCUUGGAGCAGUGGACCUAGUUCCUAUCUAG